AUGCCGUUCGAGGAGCUCGAGAGCAGGGCGCGGACCGCGUACCGCGAGAAGCGCCUGGAAGACGCGCUCGACUACCUGACGCGCAUAAUCGCGCUCGAGCCGGACGACGGGCAGUGGUACGAGCGCCGAGCGCAGGUCCUCGUCGACCUGAAGCGGUUCGAGCUCGCGCUCGCGGACUUCGACGCCGCGGUCGAGCGGUACGAGCCGGAGUAUAAGUCCCUGGGGUUGCUCUCCAACCGAGCGCUCGCGCACGAGGGCCUCUACGAGUGGGAAGCCGCCGCGAAGGACUACUCCGAAGCUAUCCGCCUCUCGCGGUCCAUCGGCAGCGCGCCGCCGUACGUCUUAAACUCGCGAGGGAACGCGUACGCGAGCUUAGCGCGGUGGGAGGACGCGCUCGCGGACUACGACGAGGCCGCGAGCGUGUUUCAGAAGAGCCGCAACUUAUCCGGCGCGAUUUACGCGCAAAGCAACGCGGCGCUCGUGCUCGCGGAGGCGCGUUCUAUACACUGGGACGCCGACGCCAUGCGCGAGAUGGAGUCCGUCGCGCGCAGAGCCGCGGGGAGCAUCGACAUGCGCGCCGCGCUCGCCGCGAUGCACUGGAGCUUCGGGGAGGAAGAGAAGGCGGAGGAGUACUGGGAGUGGGCGUGCACGCGGAUCAACAGCGGGGUGCUCCGCGAGGGAGGCCCGGCGAUCGACGGGUGCCGGCUUUACAAGGACAUGGACUGGUUAGCGCGGAUUCGGCGGUGGCCGCCGUCGAUGGUGCGGAAGAUGGACGAUUUCUUGAACCUGAGGAAAGGUUCGGAGUUGUAA